AUGAAGAAGGACAUUGUUGCAUACAUCUCUAAGUGCCUUACUUGCACAAAGGUGAAGGCUGAACAUCAGUGUCCUUCAGGACUCUUAGAAAAACCCGAAAUUUCUGUUUGGAAAUGGGAUAGCAUCGCUAUGGACUCUAUAACCAAGCUACCCCGUACACCUUCUGGUCAUGAUAGUAUUUGGGUAAUCAUUGACCGUUUGACCAAAUCCGCCCACAUUCUUCCUAUUCGCGAAGAUUAUAAGGUGGAGAAGCUUGCUAGAAUCUAUACCGAUGAGAUUAUAUGCCGUCAUGGCAUACCGUUGGACAUAAUCUCUAACCGUGAUGGUCGUUUUACUUCACGUAUUUGCUGGCAUAAGGUUGGCGACAAGCAACUUACUGGCCCUGAAAUCAUCCAAGAGACAACGGAUAAGAUUCUUCAGACCCGUGAUAAGUUGAUCAAGGCUAGGAGCAGACAAAAGAGCUAUGCUGAUAAAAGGCACAAGCCACUGGAAUUUGAUGUUGGUGAUCGGGUUCUUCUCAAGGCUGAUAGGAUGCUGGUUUUCAAGAAACAUGCUAGGAUUGCUGCUAGAAACUCAUCCUAG